AUGCGCGAGCUCGUGCACAUCCAGGGAGGGCAAUGCGGCAAUCAGAUCGGUGCCAAAUUCUGGGAAGUCAUCGCCGACGAGCACGGGAUUGACCCCACAGGCACCUAUCACGGCGACUCCGAUCUUCAGCUGGAGAGGAUCAAUGUUUACUUCAACGAGGCCACCGGUGGCCGCUACGUUCCCCGCGCAGUCUUGAUGGAUCUGGAGCCUGGUACCAUGGACAGCGUGCGUGCUGGCCCGUUUGGGCAACUGUUUCGUCCGGACAACUUUGUCUUUGGCCAGACAGGUGCUGGCAAUAACUGGGCUAAAGGACAUUACACAGAAGGUGCGGAGUUAAUCGACAGCGUGUUGGAUGUGGUGAGAAAGGAAGCAGAGGGCUGUGACUGCCUGCAAGGCUUUCAACUCUGCCACUCGCUCGGCGGAGGCACGGGAGCCGGAAUGGGCACACUGCUGGUGUCAAAGGUGCGUGAGGAGUACCCAGACCGCAUUAUGGAAACGUUCUCGGUGAUUCCGAGCCCCAAAGUUUCGGACACCGUCGUGGAGCCGUACAACGCUGUGCUGAGCUUCCACCAGCUCGUCGAGAAUUCCGACGAAUCUUUCCUGCUGGACAAUGAGGCUCUGUAUGACAUCUGUUUCAGAACACUCAAGCUGACGACGCCAACUUAUGGAGACCUCAACCAUCUGGUGUCUGCAGCAAUGAGUGGCGUCACCUGUUGCCUGCGCUUCCCCGGGCAGUUGAAUUGCGACUUGCGCAAGAUUGCCGUGAACCUGGUGCCAUUCCCGCGACUGCACUUCUUCAUGACAGGCUUCGCACCCCUGACAUCCCGUGGGUCGCAGCAGUACCGGGCUCUCACAGUUCCUGAGCUGACGCAGACGCUUUGGCAUGCAUAG